AUGUUGAGGAGACCACCAACCACAUUGCAAUUAUCGCAGGACGAUGUUGCUGAACUGAUAGCUGAAUUGGAAGAGGAAAAACUGCAGCUACGAAUUCAAUCACAACGAAAGAACCUGACACGAUCGUCUGCUAGAUCGGAGCCCCAUACUGCUGAAGACAGGAAGCUGACUGAGCCCGCUAGCAUAGAUUCUUCGUUUCAGAUAAGCCCCUUGGAUGGCAAGAGGCUUCAGCUGGACCCGACCGAUGGAGCGCCCUCUGCUUCUGUGAACUGGGCAAAUCGCCAGAAUGCAAGUAUGACUCCGGGGGCAAAUGGUUCGAAUGUUGAGGGGAACCCAUUUUUCAAUGGUCAAAAUAGAACAUAG